AUGAAUGUUAUACAUCCGUUUCAGGCAGUUGUCUCGAAUGCCUCUGGGAAUCAAAUUUAUGUUGUCUCUAAAAGCACUAUCCUGGCAUACAAAUAUGAUGGUAAAGAAUACCGCCUCAUUGGAAAGUGGGUUGACGAAGUAGAGGGAAAUCACAACCACGCACCUACCGAAUCUAAAAAUGCAAAGAGCCCUAGUCAGGCAAAAAAAAUGAGAAGUAAUGGUGGCAAAAGUUCAAAGAAAUAUACAUCUGACCCGCUUUUCCCUAUAAUAACUUCACAAAUCAGAAAACUUAGACUAUCCAGCGAUGAAAGUAAGUUGAUUGCAUGUACUGAUUCCGAUAAGUCGAUUAUCAUACUUCGUAUUCUGCUUGAGGGUGAAUACGAGGACAAUUGCUUGAAAUUAACAAAAAGACAACCGUUCCCAAAAAGACCGAAUGCACUCACCAUUACAGACCGCGAAAAGCUUAUAAUAGCUGACAAAUUUGGUGAUGUUUAUGAGAUGGAUGCGUACAAAGAUGACGUUCAGGAAAUAAAAGAGCCUAUCUUGGGACACGUUUCGAUGUUGACAGAUAUUUUGUUCGUGAGGGACUUACAAGGCAAUAAAUACAUCAUCACAAGUGACAGAGACGAGCAUAUCAAGAUUUCACAUUACCCACAAUGCUACGUGGUGGAUAAAUGGUUAUUCGGCCACAAACAGUUCAUUUCGUCGUUGUGUAACCCGAUAUGGAAAUCUCAAUGGCUUUUCAGUGCAGGUGGUGAUGAAUGUGUAUUUGCUUGGGAUUGGAUAAAUGGUGAAAAACUAGCAGAGUUUAAUUAUGAAAAGCUCAUUCAGCCGCACCUGUCCGCUGCGCAUUUAGCCUCUGAGAGAUUUCAGAACGAAUCGAAUGACAUUAUUGAGUAUGCAGUUUCCACAAUCGUUUCGCUCCACACUUUACCCUUUGUUGCAUUUUUUGUGGAAGCCACCAAUAUUUUAAUCAUUCUUGAGGUGUGUCCAAAUACUGGUGUCCUUUCGCUGAAGGAAACCUUGGAGCUACCUUAUAGUAUCGUCUCUUUAUCUGAGAGUCACGACGAGUUGGAAGUAACCUGUGAUAACCGUUCAGCCGGAUCAGAUCAUUUCGUUGAAUUUAUCACUCAUAACAAACAAAAUAAUUGCUUCGAGAUAGAUACGCAACGAUCCGACUCCUUCAAUAGAGCUGUCGCCCUGACUUUGAAGGACGAAGAAAGUGUGAAUGUCGGAAGUGAUGAUAUCUAUCCAUUGUACAAUAUGAUCUCAUUGAAGAAGCAUGGAGAGCAUUAUUCUUGA